AUGCCCACACAGACCGAAAGAAGCAAGAUCGACCGCUCGGAGCGUUUACAGCACACAACAACAACACUACCACGGGAGCCUAUGAUGAUCGAGGGAAUAAACCCGGCGUUGUGUUUACCGCGGAACUUCAGCUACCUGUCCGUCGGGGAGCCGAACCAGGGCUCCCGGCGCAUGGGCAGGCACAACCUCGCCGAGCAAGCGUCCUUACGAUCCCUCAUGAUAACCAUACCCGAAAAAGGCUGGAAGACCAGGAAGCCUGGCCUGAGAAUUGACUCAAGAUCGCUAUCACAAGGAAAUACUCCUCUGGGGAGCCCCGAGGCACUAUCGCCCACCUCUCGGGAAAGACAGAAGAAGAGCGUGCACUUUGCCGAUUCGCUUGGCCUGGACUUGGUGGACGUCAAAUUAAUCCUAGACUAUGACACACCUCCCGUAAUUCCCAAGCAGGUGCUGUCGGCGCUGAACACUUCAAAACAGCGGUCACCGGAGUAUAACGACGCUUUCCCCGGCCAGCGUUUCCUUGGGUCUUGUUUCCGCCCUCUCGGAAACGACCCGGACUUUCUUGGACGGGUGUGGGACCAGGCCCUGUGUUUGGAAACAGCCGUUGUUGCAGGUAUGACCGUGCUGUGUUCAGUGCGUGUACGGAACUUGGACUAUCACAAAAAUGUUUACGUCCGUUACAGUUUUGACGGUUGGAAGACGUGCGAGGAGCUAGAAGCGUCGUACGUGUACGGAUCGUGCGACGGCACGACCGACAAGUUUUCCUUCACGAUGACCGCUCCUCCGGGGGACUUUCCCGUGGGCUCUAAAAUCGAGUUCGCCAUCAGAUACGAAAUCCCAGGGAACACCUUCUGGGACAAUAACAAAGGGAAGAACUACGUCUUCGAAUGCUACUGUAAGGAACCCGCGGAAGAACCGAUAUUGGAAAAGCGAUAUUGGUCACACUUCGUUUGACUCAAAACAGGAGAAAAUUAAAAAGGAUGCAACCACAAGAACUGACGGUUUCAAGAUGGCCGUGCGGUUACAGUUUGAAGAUGGCUUGUAGCUGUAUACCGGGCCAAAUACGGAACCGUGCUUUCGCACUAUGGGAUGGAGCAGUUAAAAUUACUACUGUUUUUUAUGCGAUUGUUUAUGUGAUUUUGUUGCACUAAAAUGCUUGCAGAUUCCCAUAGUCAGUUCAUCUCCUUGAAGGCUUACAGAUUCGAUGUCUAGAAAUGAUUUUUCUUCAACCGUUACGAGGGCAAACAUUUAGAGGGCAAAACUAGAGGUCGACGACCGUAGUCUGUAUAUUUUAGCCCGGACUUUGGUUGGUUGUAAACAGACACUUGAAACCAGCAACGGACAAUGCCGCUUUAAAAAUGGAAGACGGGGUUACCUGCGGACAAGUCCGCCGAGUCGUAACUAUGCUAGUCACGCACACAACGCAACCUCCCGGAGCCAGACUUACGGAGGCGCCAUUUGUCAAAGGACGAGAGACAGGCUCUUCAUGGUCAACGACAAAGUAACGAUGGCGUAGUCUCCGCGAAACAGAAGAAGUCAGCAUUGAACAAAGGUGUGAAAUCUUAGCCAGUACGUCGAAAGAUACUGGUUAAUACGAACUGGAAAGUGGUGCCGUGGUUGAGGUAUGAUACUGGGACAGGCUUAAGAAAAGUCUACAUAGAUAUGUGGUGUCGACUCUUUAGAAGGACAUGAAAGUAUGGACAAGAGUAAAGUCUGAGGUGUGUAAUACUGGUACGGGCACCGUCAAAAGAAAAUGGAGAGAGACAUUGAAGGACGAUGCAGGGAUGGGUGUGUAUUUUUGGGGGAGGGGCACACGCAAGGUCAAAUCAUGAUGCAACACCGGGAAACACUGUCUGGACGGAACGCAAUGGCAUGUAACGUUACACCCGUUACACCUCGCUUACAAGUUACAUCAACAAUAUUCAGGGCCAUUGCUGUUGAGCACAAAUAGCCAAUAUUUAGAUAAUUUAAAAAAAAAAGGUUUAAUGGUUUUAUGCUCCCGGUGUUCACGUGAUUUCAGGGACUUUGUGGUUGUGAGAAAGUCCCCAAAUGUAAGCCAUGCCCAAAAGUGAUGCUAAUGUGCAAUUCUGGGAGAUAAAAAAAGAAGGCGUGGCGUGCUAUGUUGCCAAACGAGGCGGGAUUCAUUAACCCAAGGUCAUUCUAAAUGGCGACGGACUGUGUCAACACGAGCUGCCAUGUUUUCUUUUUAUUUGUACGAUGAUGUUUAUACGAUUGUGUAAAAAGAAGAAGAGAUAAAAAAGAGAGAAAAGUUUGUAUCAAAGAUACAGAUAUAUAUAUAUGUAAGGACACAAGAAAGUGCUGAUUUACAGAAGUACAGGGGCAUGCCCACUGCUGGAACUAUAACAGUUGGACGUAUAAAGACUUCUUGUACAGCACCUGGGUUGACGUCCGCACGACCCACAGAGUUUUACUGUUAUAUAACACCCUUAUCCAUGUACAGCAAGUAUAAAUACAAGGUGAAUCAUUUA